AUGAAAUGCGAACAAUUUGGAACAGAAUAUCCGAUGGUCGAAUUCUACCCUUACCAGCCACUCGUGGAGUCCGGCUGGAUUAGGCUGCUGCAUAUUUUGCCAGGCAAUGGAGACGAUCGCCUGGAGGGGACCCUUCAGCAAGUUCAUCUGACUGAGCGGGAGCUGUACGAGACUCUGUCUUAUACAUGGGGCCAAGAAGAAGCCAAAGACUCCGUUUUUGUAGAAGGCAAGCCUGUUGCAAUAACGCCAAACUGCAGUAAUGCUAUCCGAGGCUUGAGGCGUACGGACGCGACCAGAACAUUCUGGAUUGAUGCUAUCUGCAUCAACCAGGCCGACAAAGACGAGAAAGCACAGCAGGUCAGCAUGAUGGGCGACAUAUACGCCCGCUCGCAGCGGACCGUGGUUCAUCUGGGUUCUGGAGACGGCACUGUGCAUCUGCUCCGACAGAACAUGCAAAUCAAGCCAGGCGCUGUGAGCUUUCCACCGGAACUUAAAACCAAACUUGAAGACGCGCGCCAGCGCCUGUUGGGAAGGCACUGGUACCACCGCAAGUGGAUUAUCCAAGAGGUUUUAUUGUCGAGAGAGGUCAUUGUACAAGCUGGCAAACACGAAUUCACGUGGGCUGAGCUCGAAACCCUGGAUAAUCGUGGCCUCGAGAUCAUUAAAUUGGUCAAGAAGUAUUUGCACCCUUUGAGCCUCUCGUCUAUGACCAUCAACGGACACGACUGGGAUCCAAAGGCCAAGGCUGCGUGGGAGGAGAUGUUUGAACAGGGCGAGGUCAUUGCAAUGGAGCAUCAACGCUUUACCAGCCAGGCCAAUCUUCCACGGUACAGCAAGUAUCGUUCGCCGCAAAAGGGCUUUUUGAUGCCACCUCAGCUCUUUGAUGUGCUCUGCUUGACCAGCAAUUUUGCCUGCAAAGAGCCGAGAGACCGACUGUUUGCCGUUCUUUCUCUGUUUGCAAGAAAAAUGGACCUCCUACUAGAUUAUACGUGUGAUGAGCGUGAGGUAUACCACUCUUUGACCAAGGAGUUGAUGAGUCUUGGGGACACAAGGAUGUUCUGGCUGGAAGACCGUGACUCCUGGAGACCAAAAUGGAGUUCUGCGUUGUCGACUUUGGCCGAGUUUGUCAAAGUCAAUGGUGAUGUUGAUCGAAGCAGUCGCCCGUCGACAGAUAUCGGGCGACUGAUGAAGGAGGUACAUCAAGAGAAGAGAGUUGGAGCAAUGUCUGUGCCGACUGAGACGUCGUGGAGAGCUCAAGGAAUUCUUCUUGGUAGCAUAACUACCGUCGCCGCUCGAGCGUUUGAGCAUCGCGCCGCCGCCCCCGAAGGCCUGUCGUCUGGACCUACCGCAUUCAGUCAGCCUCUUUGGAAUGCAGUCAUCGAUUCUCUUAGCCUGGAAAAAGAUGCACCAAAUGAAACAGGCUUGUAUCCUCUGGCUCACAUACAUCAACGAAACAGGCAAAACCUCGAGUGGUUUUAUCAAUGGACUCUAGACCUGCUUGGGAAGCGCAGCGGUGAGGCUUUCCUUACAACCGCCCACCGAGCCGACUCAAAGAGCAUCAAACGUGCUAUGGCGCAUCACCAUGGACACCUUAAGUUUUGCAACACGAUGAAGAUGUUUGUUUGUGAUAGCGGCCUCAUUGGCCUAGCUCCUCAAACAGUCCGCCAAGAUGAACAAGUGUACUUUCUCCCUGGAUUCACAUGUCCCUUCAUUCUGCUACGGCGCAUCGGUGAACAAUGGCAGCUGAUCAGCCUUUGCUGGCUAGGGCCACUGAAGCUGUUCCCAUGCUGCUUCAAUGGAGGCAACCCAGACUUCUUCGACAAGAAGACGUGGGCGAUGCUGGAAAUCAUAUAA